CACAUUCGCAGAUACAGAUACGUUCUCCGCGAGUCAUGACGUAUCCAGCGGAUUGUUGAAAUAUACCUUAUUUUUUGAGAUACAAUCCAGAAAUCGCCGAGUUCGUUUACGCGUGUCUCACUGAAAAACAAAUAUUUUUGAGUUAUCACAAAAAAAAAUUAAAUACCUGUGCUCAAGCAAGAAUAUUGUAAACUACAAAAACCCAAAAUAAAAGUGUUCAAAAGGCAAAUAUUUGAUGAAAGAUUUGUAUUAGAAAAAAUCAGCAAUAUUUUUAGUGUCAGUGAUAACAAUCAAAGAAGUGUAAACACAACCAGAAAACUAACUACAACACAGGAUAUUCCACGACGGGCGAUUGAGUUUCACCUGAUUUGUAUUGCCACCUUUCGUAUAUAAUUAUAAUCAACGUGAUCACGCGCUCACACCAGGAAAAAAGGAGAAAAAAACAAGAGACAAACCAACCGACAGGAUCAAGUUUUUGGCGAAACCCAUAAUUUCGCCCAUCUCUCUCUCGCUGCUUCUUCUUCUACGCGGGGCUCCAUGGUGUCGCCGGCUUGACCGCCUGCCUAUAAACAAACCAACCCAAGACUCCAAGACCCCGACUCCAAAAAAAAAGAAGAAAGAAAACCCAGAAAGACUCCGAGAUACAACGAAUCCAGUUCUCCUGGUGCUUUUGUUUUGCUUUUGUUGGAGCUUCGCGUUUAUUGUUUUGCUGCAAGAACGAGGGGAAAGGAGGGGGAACUGGCCCCAAACACCCGGGAUCCCGGCCAUAUAGGAAGGCCAGCACAAAAACAACAAUAACAAGAACUUGGAGCAGUCAGAACGAUCGCUCGAAGCAGCAACAACAACUAAGUUGCAUUGCAGCCGCCGUCGUAUAAAAAUCAUCAAGCGUUGUUGCUGCCGCGCCGUUUGGCCCACGUCGUUGUUGUUAUUGUUGUUGUUGUAGCCAUCAGACAUGGCGCCGAAAUCCAGAAAGAAGAAGGCUCAUGGUAAGUUCAAAGUUCUCAAUGAAAUGACGAGUCUGGGCGGAAAAAUCACAAAUGUCGAAGAACAUUUUCCGGCCCGCUCCUUGACCUGCUACUGCGAUGGAAGCUGUCCGGACAACACCAGCAAUGGAACCUGUGAGACGAGACCCGGUGGCAGUUGCUUCAGCGCAGUGCAACAGCUUUACGAUGAGACGACUGGUUUGUACGAGGAGGAGCGCACAUUUGGAUGCAUGCCACCCGAAGACAACGGCGGCUUUCUCAUGUGCAAAGUAGCCGCUGUACCCCACCUGCAUGGCAAGAACAUCGUCUGCUGCGACAGGGAAGACUUCUGCAACCGCGAUCUGUAUCCCACCUACACGCCCAAGUUGACCACCCCGGCGCCAGAUUUGCCCGUGAGCAGUGAAUCCGUGCACACGCUGGCCUUCUUCGCCUCCAUCAUCGUCUGCCUGUCCAUGUUUAUGCUGAUCCUGGCCAGCCUCUGUCUCACCUACAAGCGCCGCGAGAAGCUGCGGAAGCAGCCACGUCUGAUCAGCUCCAUGUGCAACUCACAACUGUCUCCCUUAUCGCAACUGGUUGAGCAGAGUUCGGGAUCGGGAUCGGGAUUGCCACUGCUGGUGCAGCGGACCAUUGCCAAGCAGAUACAGAUGGUGCGACUGGUGGGCAAGGGACGCUACGGCGAGGUCUGGCUGGCCAAGUGGCGCGACGAGCGUGUGGCGGUCAAGACCUUCUUCACCACCGAGGAGGCCUCCUGGUUCCGCGAAACGGAGAUCUAUCAGACCGUGCUGAUGCGCCACGACAACAUUCUGGGCUUCAUUGCCGCCGACAUCAAGGGCAACGGCAGCUGGACACAGAUGCUGCUGAUCACCGACUACCACGAGAUGGGCAGCCUGCACGACUACCUCUCCAUGUCGGUGAUCAAUCCGCAGAAGCUGCAGCUGCUGGCCUACUCGCUGGCCUCCGGACUGGCCCACCUGCACGACGAGAUCUUCGGCACCCCCGGCAAACCGGCGAUUGCCCAUCGCGACAUCAAGAGCAAGAACAUUCUGGUGAAGCGGAACGGGCAGUGUGCCAUUGCUGAUUUCGGACUGGCGGUUAAAUACAACUCGGAACUGGAUGUCAUCCACAUUGCCCAGAAUCCCAGGGUGGGAACACGUCGCUACAUGGCGCCCGAGGUGCUCAGCCAGCAGCUGGAUCCCAAGCAGUUCGAGGAGUUCAAGCGGGCUGACAUGUACUCGGUGGGUCUGGUGCUGUGGGAGAUGGCCCGUCGCUGCUACACACCGAUUUCGGGAACGAAGACGACCACCUGCGAGGACUACGCCCUGCCCUACCACGAUGUAGUGCCCUCGGAUCCCACGUUCGAGGACAUGCACGCCGUGGUCUGCGUGAAGGGCUUCCGCCCGCCGAUUCCGUCGCGCUGGCAGGAGGACGACGUCCUGGCCACCGUCUCCAAGAUCAUGAUGGAGUGCUGGCAUCCGAACCCCACCGUUCGACUGACCGCUCUGCGGGUGAAGAAGACGCUGGGGCGACUGGAAACGGACUGCCUGAUCGAUGUGCCCAUGAAGAUCGUCUAGGCGACUGUCCAUAGUCUCGUUUUAGGUUCGACCUAAGUUGCAUUUAGUUUUCUGUUUUUUUUCUGUUUCACGUUCAACCUUUUGCGUUGAAGACCUUUGAACUUCCUAGUUAGUUUCUAAUCAUAAGUUGCCUGUACUUGAGCGGAGCAAAGCAGAGGAUCCUUCAGAGGUGCCUAUUACAUAUGGUUACUUUAAUCGCCGCACUGAUUGUAAGCUAGAGUUUAGAGUUAGCAGUAGCGCGUAAGAAAAGAGGAGCUAGUUGCUAAGGCCCCUUGCAAAAUCUUUGGUUAGAAAAAUGCUUUAACUAUUUGAGAAAUAUGUAGGGAGUAUGUAUUUUGGAUGAGACAUAUUCAUGUUGAUGUACAUAUGUAUGAGAACAAACGAAAAAAAAAAGUUAAUCAGAAUCGAAAUUUACAUGUAACAUACUAUAAUUUUUGUGCCAGCUUUUGUACGCUUUAAUGUCUAUGAAUUAAGCCCCCUAUUUUUCGACACCCGAGGCUUUAGCCUUCCAUUAUGUUUGUAUGUAGUGAUUAGGAUUAAGUGAAAACUUUGCAGACUUUUGUGCAAGUGAAUGCUGCCUUUGUAAAAUCCACGGAAUUAGUUGCCUUAAGACAGAGUGUAAAGACAGGAGCCCCUUCUCCCCCGUUUAAGUAGCAGAUAUUUCAGUAUAUCGACCGAGAUAUAUACACGAAGUGCACUUGUGUCGGCUCUUUUGUUUUGUGUAAAUAGCAAAGAUGUUUAUAGGCCGCUAACCAUACAGAUAUAUAGUAUGCAUAUUAUAUAUUAUCGUUAUAAGCGAUUCUGUAAAUACUAUAUAUGUAUCUUUACCCGUAACCGUUUAACUUAUCUCUUAUCGUUCUUAUCGUGUAACCUUCUGUUAAGCUAGAGUUAUAAAAGACUAGCCAGUAAGAGCAAACUAUAUAAACUAGUUGGAUAUGUAUUCUUCAGUUUUUUCUGUUUCAUUAUUACUGCGCGCAGACCACAAGAACUACAGUUUGUAUUAAAGCGUUUAGUUAAUUUAUUUAAAAAUAAUAAAAAAUAUUAUUAAAACCCAAAA